UCAUCAUGUUAGAACUGAAUUAAGCCUAGGCCACACUAUCGUCCAUAUCGACAAAAAUUAGAACGAAAACUGCCGCAACGAAAACUUUGUACGAAAACGCAACGAAAAUUUCGUUUUCGUACUUAUGAGAAGAGUUGAAGUUUUGACCUUUUUCGUCAAAGAAAACGCAUACUUUUGGUUAGUAAUAUCAGACUUUGUACUCAAACAUGGCGGAGUGGCAAGAGGUUUUGACAAAUCUGAUGCGAGAAAAACCAAUUUUGUAUGAUAAAAUUCACCCGGAUUGUAAGGACUCGAGGAACAAGAAAAGAAAUCACUGGCAAGAUGUUUUGGAUGAAUUUAAUAAAAUUACUGACUUGACGUGGGAUAUUGACACUAUCAUGAAAAAGUGGUCAAAUCUGCGUGAUUCAUUCAUGCAAUACAAAAGGCAGUACGAUCUUAGAAGAGCUAGUGGUGUUGCUGCCACUGACGAGCCGAAUUGGAAAUGGUAGCGACACUUUUAUUGGAAUAUCCUGGUGCAAAAAGAUCUCUGUUUUCAGAAGAGUUGGUGGUGUCAUAUCAAGGAAUUACUACUGUUUAUGAAGCAUAUGAGAAAGGAACUCAAAUUUCUGGUGACCAGCCAUAUCUUGGUACGAUAGUUAAUGGGAAAUAUUCAUGGUUAACACACAAUCAGGUACAUCAAAAAGCACUUGCUCUGGGAUCUGGGAUAAUGGAACUUGGCUAUAAACCAUCAACUGAAAUGACAUUUGGCAUUUAUGCUGUGAACAAAUUGGAGUGGAUGUUAAUGGACAGAGCCUGUGUUAUGUUUUCCUUUGUAUCUGUUCCACUGUAUGAGAGUUUAGGUGUUGAAGCAUGUAUCUACAUCAUCAACCAUGCUGAGUUAUCAUUAGUUGUGUGUGAUGAGAACAAGCUGCCAAUAUUAUUGGAGUCAUUUCAUCAAUGUCCUAAACUCAAGCAUAUUAUAAAAAUUGGUGAUAUGACAAAGGACGAGAGAGAAAACUUUAAAAAACUUGGAAUAAAUGUAAAGUCAUUUGAAGAUGUUAUGUUAAUGGGACACUGGAAUCCUUGGAAAAUGUCUCCUGCUAAACCUGACGAUGUUUACACAAUUUGUUUCACAAGUGGUACCACGGGACAACCAAAGGGAGUGAUGUUGAGCAACAAGAACAUGAUAUCCUGCCUCGCUGCAACUUUUAUACAUUUUGAGAAGAAUGGCUACCCAGUGGAUUCAAGCUUUGUUCACAUAUCCUAUCUUCCGCUUCCUCACAUGUACGAGAGACUUGUUAUGAUGAUUAUUUGCUGUGCUGGAGGUCGAGGUGGGUUCUUUCGUGGUGAUGUGAAACUUCUUUUGGAUGACAUCCAGUUAUUGAGGCCUACAUUCUUCGCUUCAGUUCCUCGUUUGUUAAACCGUCUUUACGAUAAGGUUAUAUCAAAUAUUGAAAGUAGCAGUGGCUUAAAAAAAUGUCUGUUUUACAAGGCUUUUGAGUCGAAGAGAGCGGACUUGAAAAAAGGUCAAAUCUCCAAAAAUACUUUGUGGGACAAAAUAGUUUUUCAUAAAAUUCAGGCAAUUUUAGGUGGAAAUGUAAAUGUCAUUCUCACAGGUGCUGCUCCUAUUGAUGGUAAAGUUUUAGAGUUUUUAAGAGUCGUUCUUGGAUGUUUGAUUUUUGAAGGUUAUGGUCAGACUGAGUCUACAGCACUUGUUUCUCUGACAAAUAAACUUGAUCUUUCACCAGGUCACGUUGGAUCACCUAGUGCCUGCAACUAUGUGAAACUUGUUGAUGUACCAGAAAUGGACUAUUUUACUUCAAACAAUCAAGGCGAAAUAUGUGUCUAUGGUCCAAAUGUCUUCAAGGGAUAUCUUAAAAAUCCUGAAAAAACAUCUGAAAUGUUAGAUGAUGAUGGUUGGUUGCAUACAGGUGAUGUAGGAGAAUGGAAACAGAAUGGAACGCUUAAAAUAAUUGGUCGAAAAAAAUGUAUUUUCAAGUUGUUGCAGGGCGAAUAUAUUUCUCCUGAUAAAAUUGAAAAUGUUUACAUCAAAUGUCCUUUUGUCGCUCAAGCUUUUGUACACGGUUCUAGUCUUAAGUCAUUUCUUGUUGGAAUCAUUGUUCCUGAUGAAGAAAUUCUUACAAAAUGGGCCAAAGACAAUAACAUAAACAAAUGUUUUGAGGAAUUAUGUCAGGAUACGGCCGUCAAUUACAUGAUUCUGAAUGACAUCAUCUCCAGAGGAAAUGAAGCAAAGUUGACAUCGUUUGAACAGGUCAAAGGAAUUCAUCUUCAUUCACAAUUAUUCACUCCAGAUAAUGGAUUACUAACUCCAACACUUAAGUCCAAACGAUUUACGUUAGCGAAAAGAUUUAAUGAUGAAAUUGGUCGUUUGUAUGAAAAAUUGGAGAAGAUUCCAGCUAAGCCGAAACUUUAAGGCUCAUGGCUGUUUUAGUUCGUUUAUAGUUUAGUUUGAUCGCUUAAUUCUUCAGGGUAAAAAUACAUUGAAGACAAGGGUUUAAAAACUUGUUGCUCUUAAAAUAGAAUUUUAAACGUCAAAUUAUAUAAAAUACAAAAAAUAUAACGAAUAAAGAGCGACUGCGGAGCAUAUUCUUUAA